CCUUGGUAAAGGGUGUUUGCCGGCUGUUGCAAGAGGCGACGCCGGGGAUGAGUCGCUUGCGUCCGUGUCUGAGCCCGCGGUCGCUCCUGCGCGGGUCCUGGGCGGCGCCGCGGGGCUUGCGUCGCGUCUCGGUGGCGGCCGUCCCGCGCCGGGGCUCGGCGGGCUCGGGCACCGCCUCUAUGGCCGGCAUGGAGGAGCUGCUGAGGCGCUCCGUGCCGCCGCUGCCGCCCUACGAGACCAAGGAGAAAGCCCCGCCUCCGGUGGAGCUGCGCACCGCGGAGUUCGUGCGGUACUACCGCGCCUUGGAGACUGGGCCGCCCAGGGCUGAGCUCCUCACCCGCUUGGCCCGCGACUUCGGUGUGGACCAUGGCCGGGUGGCGGAGUUUAGCUCCAAAGUGCUGCAGGCCCGGGAGCAGCAGAGGGAGCUGGGAGCCCUGCUGCAGGCCGAGGACCGGCUCCGCUACUACCUCAGCCCUCAGUACCGGGGUCUCUUCCAGCACCUGGGCCGCCUCGAGGGUGGGCUGCGCUUCCUGGUGGAGCUGAGGGGCGACCUGGUGGAGGGGCUGGCGACCAAGGCGUUGGACGGGCCUCAUGUCAAGGAAAUGAGUGGAGUUCUAAAGAACAUGCUUUCAGAGUGGUUCUCUACAGGAUUCCUGAACUUGGAACGGGUCACCUGGCAAUCACCCUGUGAAGUACUCCAGAAAAUUAGUGAUUCUGAAGCUGUACAUCCUGUCAGAAACUGGGUUGAUAUGAAACGUCGAGUGGGGUCAUACAGAAGAUGCUACUUUUUUUCUCACUGUGCAAUCCCAGGAGAGCCAUUGAUAGUCUUGCAUGUUGCACUGACCAGUGAUAUAUCCAGCAGCAUCCAGGCCAUAGUUAAAGAAGUGCCACCUUUAGAAGCAGAAGAUACAGAUAAAAUUACAACAGCAAUUUUCUACUCAAUCAGUUUGACUCAGCAGGGCCUGCAAGGUGUGGAACUUGGAACUUACCUCAUCAAGCGGGUUGUAAAAGAGCUGCAGAAAGAACUUCCUCGGAUAAAAACUUUUUCUACGCUUUCACCUAUCCCAGGAUUCACCAAAUGGCUUGUUGGUCUCCUCUCCUCACAAACAAAAGAACUGGAAAGAAAUGAACUGUUUACUAAAUCAGAACGGCAAGAAAUCUCUGAGCUCACCGGAGACUCCACUACUGAAACACUAAAGAAGCUCUUAAAUAACAAUGAGUGGGUGAGAUCAGAAAAAUUAGUUAAAGUGCUCCAUUCACCACUUAUGAGACUCUGUGCCUGGUAUUUGUAUGGAGAGAAACAUCGUGGUUAUGCUCUGAAUCCAGUAGCAAAUUUUCAUCUUCAGAAUGGCUCCGUGAUGUGGCGAAUAAACUGGAUGGGAGACACGAGCCCUCGGGGCAUUGCUGCUGCUUGUGGCAUGAUGGUGAACUACCGAUACUUCUUGGAGGACACAGCCAGUAACAGUGCAGCCUACCUGGGGACUAAGCAAAUUAAAGCUUCAGAGCAGGUUCUUUCCUUGGUGUCUCAAUUCCAGCAAAACAGCAAGCUUUAAUUAAAUAUUAUGAAAACUAACAACAAGUGUUCCUCGCGUGUAAGGAACUGUAAUAUCUUUCAGUGGCUGUAUUUAAAUGAGAACGUGACUUGUCAAACAAAUUUACUCAGCAUAGCACAAUGCAAAGUCACCUGGAUGAUCGGCUGCCUUGCUUACAUUGCCGUAUAUUCAAAGCUUGAUUGGCAGCGAUUGAAUCACUGCAAGUUCUAGACACGUGAUUGUGCAAAUGGGUUGGAGAUGUGCUUUAAAGGGUGAGCAAAAUUCUCUCAAUCAUUUGCAACUCACUGGUAGCUUGAAUGGAAAAUGCUGGAGCUGUACCAUUAUUCUGUUGGUAAUAAACCAGUAUAAACUAAAAGGAGCUGCACAAUACUGCUAUAGAUAGUUCCAUACCAAAGUACCUGGAAAGAGCUACUGAAUGAAGGUAAAUUUUUUGUCAAAUGCAUCAGCAAAAUGGUAAUCUACAUUUUCAUUCAAUAAUGUGUCUUUCACCCUCAGAAACUCUCAUGUUAAACCUCUUGAUAUUUUCCUUUUUUCAAACGCACUGAACAUCUCACUGAGGUCUUGCUUUGCUGGAGCAGGGAAAAGCCUUGCAUUAGAGCUGUUGAGAAAUCAGAAUCUCUCAGUGCAGCAGGUAUGUAGUGUUAUGUUUGCAGUUUUGUCUGGUAGAAUAUAGAGAGAGAGAAGGAACUGUUCAAAUAGGACAGGGAUGUGAGAGAAAUUGAUACUUAGGGAUCAGCUGAGAAGUUUCCAAAUAUGUGUAUUGUACUUUGGUAAUUUUUUAAGUUCAUGAAGAGCUUUUUUAAUAAAGAGGUAGGUGUGAAGCAAUAAAAUAGACUUCCUCAAUAAA